AUGGUGGCAUUUGAGCCAUCAGAUGGACUAAAGAGGGAGAGAAGUAUAUUCCCACUGCAACCUACGCAAAGCAACUCUUUCAGGUCAUCCUUUCCAAGAAGACAAAAAAAAAAAAAAAAAAAGAGCAAUGGUUGUGCCAAAAAGGGCCACCACAGUCAUGUGCGGCCUAUUUGCUGCACGAACUGCGCUUGGUGCAUAUCCAAGGAUAAGGCUAUUAAGAAGUUUGUCAUUCAGAGCAUAGUGGAGGCUGCUGCCGUCAGAGACAUUUCCGAAGCAAGUGUCUUCGACAGUUAUGUGCUUCCCAAGCUGUAUGUGAAGCUGCAUUAUUGUGUGAGUUGUGCCAUUCACAGCAAAGUGGUCAGAAAUCGAUCUCAUGAAGCUGGUACGGACCAAACUCCUCCACCCCAAUUUAGACCUGCUGGUGCUGCCCCACGACCUCCACCAAAGCCCAGGUAA